AAAUAAAUCAUUUUUGACAGUGACAGUGUUGCAGUUAUAUUGCAAAUACGAUAUUAGACAGUCAAUCGCGUGAAAGUAACUGGCUAGAAAGUUUCUUUCAUCUGUGGUUAACAAUAGUGCACGUUUUAAUGCAAUCAUCAAAAAUACGUUAAUUGCAGUUAAUAAACCUUGUGAUUUCUUCAAGAAAAAUACUUCCACGUGUUCCCUUCUCGGACGAAUCUGUAUUAUCGAUUUGACGGACAAAGAAAACGCCGGCAUAUUAUUUAAAAAAUAAGAAACGUCAAAAUUUCGCUUUCUCGUAGGCUCCUCAAGGCAAGCCAAUGCAAUUUGUAUGAUGUAAGAUGACUCACAUCUCACGCGUAUCUUCAAUAUUGCCUCUCACCGCCUUCCUCGGCGAAUUCUAUGUUGGUGUAUGAGUGCGCGGGCGCGCGCGGUUGGGACAGAGGAUAGUAGGUGAAGUCACCCACCUUCACAGGUGGUUCGUUUUUCAUUCAUAUUGUGCGAUCCGUUGUGACACGAGCGAGCGAGGCACUCUUGAGAAUAUCCGGCCUGUUCCAGUAAUUUUUUCAAUACGAUGAUCAUGAGGACGUUGUUCGCGGUUCAUCCUGUGUCAGUGGUGUUUGUACUCACGGUCACUGCCAUUGGCGGCAAUUACACAGAUAUCAAUCUGCCGCAUGAGCACAUGAAGUAUUAUUUCAACUCCUUUCCCACGGUAGCAGAAAAGUGUCGUAACGAUGUAGCCUGUCCAUAUAAGGAUAGUCUUGACAUCAAAGCUUGUUGGGGCUAUGAGACGGACUGUAAAGCGGAACAUUCUUUUUCCGUUCCACAUUGUCCAGGUGAUCACAAAGGUUGGGUUGCUACGAAGAAGGCUCAAUUGGACACAUAUUACGCACAAGGCGAUUUUGGAUACGUACGCGAUCAGAGGAAAGAGAUGAUGCUAUUGUGCGAACCAUUAUUCGUGGAUGAUUCAUCAUUGGAGUGCUCGGAGCACGUGAGAUUCUGCAGAGCAAGAAAUGUGAUGUUAAAUUUCACUAAUUUGUUGACGCGAAAGGAACCUAUACGUUAUAAAAUGGACGUUCUACAAAAAGGACAAAUAGGCGGCUACUGCACGCUGAACGAAAAGAGAUUACAGGAAAAUGCGGAUCACAUAAGCCCACUGCAAUCCUGGGGGCCGGAAGUGCGAAAUUUUGAAAAGCUACCUCGUCGGCCUAUUGUCCACGGAGACUGCGACAUCGUCAUUGAGAAACCGACCUUCAUCAUGAAGAUAGAUGCCAUAAACAUGUAUCAUCAUUUUUGCGAUUUCUUCAACUUAUACGCAUCAUUGCACGUGAAUCUCACGCACCCAUCCGCCUUCGACACUGACAAUCAUAUAAUGAUCUGGGAAAGUUAUAGUUACCGGUCAGCAUUCCAAGACACUUUCGAAGCAUUCACGAGAAAUCCGCUAUGGGAUUUAAAAACGUUCCGAGGCGAAACUGUGUGCUUUAAGAACUUGGUGUUUCCUCUGUUACCACGAAUGAUUUUCGGACUUUAUUAUAAUACACCACUUAUAUAUGGCUGUGAAAAAUCCGGAUUGUUUAAAGCGUUCGGCGAUCAUGUGCUGCAUCGUCUUCGAAUACCUCUGCAUCAGAGGAAGGAUCACAAGAUUCGUGUUACAUUACUGAGCAGAGAUACUCAGUACAGAAAAAUCUUGAACGAGGAUGAGUUGGUAACAGCUUUAAAAGAAAAUCCGGAAUACAAAGUCAGAAAGGUAAUAUAUAAUAAAAAUGUGCCAUUCAAGAAGCAAUUAGAAAUCACUAGAAACACCGAUAUUUAUAUCGGUAUUCACGGCGCUGGUUUAACACAUUUAAUGUUCCUACCUGAUUGGGCGGCGGUAUUUGAAAUAUAUAAUUGCGAAGAUCCUAACUGCUACAAAGAUCUUGCGCGACUACGAGGUGUAAAAUAUUUUACGUGGGAAAAUACAUCGAAGUUAGUGCAGCAAGAUCCGGGAACGCAUCCGGAUGGCGGAGCUCAUGCCAAGUUUACGAACUACAGCUUCGAUGUUAAAGAAUUUUUAAGAAUCGUCUCGCUUGCAAGAAAUCACGUAAAGCAUCAUAAUGCGUUUAAGAAGUUUAUUAAUAACAAACUUCGCACUAAAAUACAAAAUGAUACUAGAACAACAGAUAAUAAAAAAUCGAUACAGCCCUCUAAUGCGAAAGAAUCAAUUAGACUGCAACAAAAAUCGGAUAUAUUGUACAAAGAUGAAUUAUGAAGAAAAUUUAGGCACAAAUUAAAAAAAUUAUGUAUGACAAUAGUGAACGGUAUGACAAUACUGAACGUACAAUGUUGAACGGUGUAAUUCUCAAGUAAACCAUCUGUUAUCGAUCAAA